UGCAACUUCGACAAGAAUAGAAACCAAAAAUGUAAGCUUGGCUAAAAGAAUUGCAGUAAUAACAAAUCUGACUGAGCAACAGGGCUAUCAAACGACCAAAACUAUGAAGACAUCAACGGAGAGAUGCCCAAGAUACAUCUUCUUUAAUUUAUAUUUAUAAGAAUGAAGAGGUGCAUAUUUAUACUACAUAGCAGAUAAAGUAAGCAAGCUGAGCUUGGCACAAGAUUGUUCAACUAAUGACUUCAAUGAUGGAACCAACAAUUUUAAUAAUCUUUGGUAGCAUACUGUCAUUUUUAAUUGCAAUUUUGAUAAUUUUCUUAUGCUGUAAAUUUUUUUACAAGUUGAACACUGAAGAACAACAAAGAAACAUUGCAAAUCAAUAUGCGCUUAUGUAUAACAAUCACAACUAUUCCUCUAGUCAACUUUUUUCAUCAUCCCUUUCUUAUCACGGAACAAUGCCAAGAAAUGCCACCUUACCCCAAUACUUGUUGAAUGGGGAUAUGAUGCCAGUCCUACAUACUUUGGAUUCCAUAUCAGUCAACUUGCAACCUAUAUCCAGAACCGCGGAUGAUAUACCGCCCCCGCUGCCUAGUCUAAGUAGCAUGCCUGCAUUAUCAUCACGAACGACGCUGAAUCAAAAUGUAGGAAAUGACGCGGAAGAUGAUCCAGCGUAUAGUGUCAUAGACAAGAGCUUUCGUGGUGUAGACAACGACUUUAGCGUAAAACCGCCACAAGAUGAAGAGGUCGAGGUAAGCAGAUUAGAACGAUAUUCCUCAGGUAUGAACUUAGAGGAUGAAAUCAUGGGAAUCUUGAAUUGUAAGAAACAGCAGAGUACUAGCAACAGACGGUGCAACAGCGGAAAAGAGGAAAAUACCGGUGAGCUACAAAGUAGCGAUGAAUCACCAGAUUACAAAAUGCAAAAUGUGACAGCAGAUGAAACAAAAAUAAACAUGGAAAAUAUGGAACAAAUUCUAAGCGAUCCAGAAUAUGCAGAACUUGGACCUCAAUCAAAAAAACCUUAAUUAGCAUGUGUCUUGAUGGUAGGGUUGUUACCAACCUGAGAGAUUUGAAAUGCGUGACUACACUAGUUAAGUUGGGAGGGGGAGCGUGCCAGGGCCCCGGAUUUCCGGGGGCAGAACCCUAGUGUGGGCCGGUUCCAGUCACA